GCGCUCCGCCGGCGAGCCGCACGGCUCGGGAGCGCGCGCAGGCGUGCGUCGCCGGCGCAUGCGCGCGGCGCGUCUCCUUGCCGCUGCGCGGAGGGCGAGCGGAGGCCUCAAGGAGAAGGGAAGGGGGGGGGGGCGAGCGGGGGUCGCCGCUUCUGCCGCCGCCAUGUUCCUGUGGGGUUCCCUGCGGGCCGCGGCCGCACGCUCGGUAAGACAAGUCCGAUACUUACAUGGAACAGCAGGAUGCAAUGCCGGUGGAGGGGCCUUAUUUGUGCACAGAGAUAGUCCUGAAAAUAAUCCAGAUACUCCGUUUGAGUUCACACCUGAAAACCAAAAGCGGAUAGAAGCAAUCAUAAACAACUACCCAGGGGGACACAAGUCUGCAGCUGUCAUGGCAGUACUAGAUCUGGCCCAGAGACAGCAUGGAUGGUUGCCCAUAUCGGCUAUGAACAAGGUUGCUGAAGUGUUAGAAAUGCCUCCCAUGAGAGUGUAUGAAGUAGCAACCUUCUAUACAAUGUAUAAUCGCAAACCUGUCGGGAAGUACCAUAUUCAGGUCUGCACUACCACACCUUGCAUGCUGCGAGACUCUGACAGUAUUUUAGAAGCCAUUAAGAAGAAACUUGGUAUAAAAGUUGGGGAAACAACACCCGAUAAACUCUUCACACUGAUAGAAGUGGAAUGUUUAGGUGCUUGUGUAAAUGCACCAAUGGUACAAAUAAAUGACAAUUACUACGAAGAUUUGACACCUAAAGAUAUCGAAGACAUAAUUGAUGAGCUAAAGGCUGGCAAAGUUCCCAAACCUGGCCCAAGGAGUGGACGUUUCUCUUGUGAGCCAGCUGGUGGCCUUACUUCUCUGACUGAACCACCCAAAGGACCGGGUUUUGGAGUUCGAGCUGACCUCUAAGGAUUUUGUAAUAUAAGAUAAGCUGUUUGAAAAUAAUAAACUCACUCUAAAUCUCAGUAAAAUGAUGUGCAUUCUAGUACUUUUAAAAAUGAAGAAAGUUAGAACACCUAACUUAUGGUGGUUUUAACUACUGCAAAGCAUAAUCAUAAUUCUGGAUUCUAAGAAAAGUGGUUCUGUCAGUUGCAAAGUGCAUCACUGAAAGAGUCCACUUAUGGUCACUGGGAGGUGAAAGUUGCAUCUUUUGAUCUGUCAUUAAGAAGUCUUUUUUCUAAGGUUCUUUAAAGAAGCAACAAAACUGACUAAAUUACUGGCACAUCUGGCAAAUGCACAAGGAAACAAACAAAGGGAAUUAUCUGACAAGACUUCAUUGUUUGUUACUUUCAGUUGCAAUUAAAAAAAAAAAAAAGAGAAAGGUGAUCAAGUGUAUCUUUUUAUCAUGUUACCAACAAAACCCCAAAUAGCAGUAGUAAUCUACAAAAAGAAUGAACAGUAACGACUUCCUGUACAAAUUUAUUCAAUACAGCCAAGGUAUGCAGUGGGGGGAAGACAGAAUAUACUAGAACAGUUUAAUAUUUGGCUAAUUGUAAUAUAUGAAACUAGGUAUUUGGUUCACGGAUCUUUCUUUGAUCUUACUGCUGUGUACCUGCUACUUUUAAGAACUAAAUCUGUGUGAAAUUGAGGUACUUCUCCCAAUAUAAAAAAGUCAAAGAUAAUUUUUUUUUUUUAAAUUACUGUAUCCUGAUACUUAUAUAUAAAGCAUUUGACAGAUUUUACAAGCAUAUGUAUAUAUACACACACACUUCAAUGUAAAUUAGGAAACAUGAACAUGUCAGUCACUGGAGACCGUAUUGCGUCUGCUUCUAUUAAAAUCUGCCACAGAACUUACGUUAUUAUAAUUAAUGUGGUAGAUGGAGCUUAAUUGUAUUAUUUUAUUCUGUAUUAUAUUUAGUUUGGUUUAGUAUUCUGAUGAACAGUUCUUCACUAAAUUGUUUUCUCUCUCCCAAGUUUUGUAUCUACAAAUUUCCUUGCAUAAUGGUUCUCUCGUAUAGACUGUUCAUGCCCUACCUUUAUUUCAAUAAAGUUCCCUGAUGUACUGUUAAACAAGUAAUGUUACUCUUGGUAGUUCUGAGAGCAAACUAUUUAAAUAUAUCAUUUGUAUGUAAAACUUGCUCUCCCUUACAUUACUAAAUUUAUAAAAUGAAAUCAUUGAACUGCAUACAAAUGGAAAAGUAAAUUCAAUAAAGAAAUGUAAGUCAUGAGUGAAGCAGUCACCCAAUAAGCAUGAAAAAGCCCAAUCUUGUAUGUAAAUGGUGUAGAGCACUGUGCAUAUGAGAAAAUAGUGCACGGAUUGAAAUAUUAUCUGUAAUUUAAAGUUGCUGAAUGCUCUUCUUCAAGGUCACUCCAGUGUUUCUAAUAACCAGAUGCCUUGCAGCAGGCCAGGCAGCUGGCACUUCUCUGGAGAUGUAAAAUGAGAUAGACAGCACACUGCUUUUUGAUGCAUAGAGAUACUUAUACACCAGUCUAACUUAAGCUGUUUGCUCGACUAUAACAACAAAGUUGCAUUCCUGUUCAUAGAGGAUUACCUUAUUCUAAACUAGUAUGAAAGCAGACAACUAUUUUCAAAGGAUACAUUGAACAUAAAUGAGGAUUUUGCAUGUGUUAUGAAACUACUGUGUGCUGCAGAAAACUGCAGGUUUUUUGUAUGUAACUGACACUGAUGAGAUUGCAUAAUUGUGUUGAAGGGAAACAUAGUUUUAGACCUGCCAAGUGUGAAACUUUCAAAUAUUCCAAAACGAAGCUCUAGACUGCCAGACUCCUCCCAUUUGUAAAGCUGGACAGCAGGAUUUGUUGCCUCCUCCCACUUUCAUCCCUUAUUCAUUCCAUCUGUACACAAAAAAAUCUUGCUGUCUCUCUCAUGAGCAGAACAUGAAUCUCAACAGUUUCCCAUUUGCUGGGAAUGAUGUUCCACAGACAGGUAUGUCACUCAUUUUGAUGCAACACGUAACAGUCUGCCACUCGACUAGAAAAGGAUAAUUUGUAUUAUCCUUACUGCGUGGUACAAAUCUGAUACACCAGUUUAAAUUCAGUAUUGUACGGCAGCUGUAAAACUGUGAAAUAUGUGAAGAGAAAUAAGCAAAUAACCAUUGUUCUUCUUUCCAGUCUAAACCCACUUCAAUCAUCAGUUACAUGAAGCUUCACGGUCCUGGUUUCUACAUCAAAAAAGUUUGGCAAUCAUUGUAUUAAGAUAAAUACUUAAA